AUGGCCGAUACUCCAACUUCCCGGAUGAUCCACCCCUUCAGCAACAUGCAGGGGCAGAACCCGAAACAGUUCCAGUUCCAGUACUCCGACAACCCACAGCAUCCCUGCCGCCCUUACCAGCCAUCUCCAGACACCCAUGUUGUGCCACAGCAUCACUACAGCCUCAAGUCCCACUCAUCAGAUGCUAGCUAUGAGAACCAGGUUGCUCAGAUGAAGCACACUUUGGACUCCUCGGCGGCAGACGGCUACAUGAGGCAUGACUCGCCCUCCAGCCAUAGCUUCACUCCUCCGUCCAUCAGGAGCGGCAGUGGCAGCCCUUCGUCUCACGACGACAGCCACUCCGACUCCACCAACGGAUCUCCUGUGAGUGCUUCGUGCGUCACUGUGACUGAGGAUCCUAACGAUCUGAAGCAAAAGCUCAAGGACCUUGAGGCUGAAAUGCUUGGGCCAGACGCUGAGAUAGUUAACAGCCUGGAGAGCUCCGUGGCAAAGCAGCUAUCGCUGGAGCCGGAGAAGUGGGCGCAGAUGAUGGACUUUCCCAGGGGCAACCUGAAGGAGCUGCUGCUUGCUUGUGCCAGAGCUGUGGAAGAGAAGAACAUGUACGCGGUCGAUGUGAUGGUGCCGGAGCUGAGGAAGAUGGUUUCGGUCUCCGGCACGCCGCUUGAGAGGCUGGGAGCCUACAUGGUGGAAGGGCUCGUGGCCAGGCUCGCCUCCUCCGGCCACUCCAUCUACAAAGCCUUGAGGUGCAAGGAGCCGAAGAGCUCUGACCUGCUGUCCUACAUGCAUUUCCUGUAUGAGGCCUGCCCCUACUUCAAGUUCGGCUACAUGUCGGCCAACGGCGCCAUUGCGGAGGCUGUGAAGGGAGAGGACAGGAUCCACAUAAUCGACUUCCAUAUCGCUCAAGGAGCUCAGUGGAUCUCCCUCCUCCAGGCCCUUGCAGCCAGGCCCGGUGGGCCGCCGACCGUGAGGAUCACAGGGCUUGAUGAUUCGGUGUCGGCCUACGCGCGAGGCGGUGGGCUGGACCUUGUUGGGAGGAGGCUGUCGCACAUUGCUGGGCUCUGCAAAGUUCCCUUUGAGUUCCACUCGGUCGCCAUGGCCGGCGAAGAGGUGGAAGAGGGGCACCUCGGGGUCAUCCCCGGGGAGGCUCUGGCGGUGAACUUCACCCUGGAGCUGCACCACAUCCCGGACGAGACGGUGAGCACAGCGAACCACCGGGACCGGAUCCUGCGGCUGGUGAAGAGCCUGAGGCCCAAGGUGCUGACCCUGGUGGAGCAGGAGUCCAACACCAACACGGCCCCGUUCCCGCAGAGGUUCGCGGAGACGCUGGAGUACUACACGGCCAUCUUCGAGUCCAUCGACCUGACGCUGCCGAGGGACGACAAGGAGCGGGUGAACAUGGAGCAGCACUGCCUGGCGAGGGAGGUGGUGAACCUGAUCGCGUGCGAGGGCGCGGAGCGGGUGGAGCGGCACGAGGUGUUCGGCAAGUGGAAGGCGCGCCUCACCAUGGCCGGCUUCAGGCCGUCGCCGCUCAGCUCGCUGGUGAACGCCACCAUCAGCACGCUGCUGCAGAGCUACUCGGAGAACUACAAGCUCGCCGAGAGGGACGGGGCGCUCUACCUCGGCUGGAAGAACAAGCCCCUCGUCGUCUCCUCCGCAUGGCACUAG